CUACACUUCAGUCAUCUCAACCAUGGAACGAAUCGAGGGCGCCGAUAAGGACUACCAGAAGGAGGAGCAAUUGAAAAGCGAUAUCGCCACCGAGACCGAGACUUCCAACAAAAGGCGUUUUUCAGAAUUAGCGGCUGAGGAGGACAGGCAGUCGAGCAAGAAGCAGGAGAUAGAACGAGUGCAGGAAAAUAUAGUAGAUCAGACUGAUGCCAAGGAUGUGAAGGAGGAGAAAGAGGAGGUUAAGGAUAAAGCAAGCAGCGACAACCACAAAAAGAAAGAAUCAAGCUCGAGGGAUGUGAAUACACCGGAUUCGAAACCAUUUGGGGGUCGGAUCCUGACGGACGAAUCUGCCGUGUUUGAACAGAACGCAUGGGAUCACGCGCCGUGGGGAGAAGAACAGGAGCAACACGCGAUGAAGGAGAUUGAGCGUCAACGGCAGGACCCGGUUCCGGAAGAAUUGGUACCUACGUACCAUGCGGAGGCGGCCGAGAACUGGAACAAAUUCUAUGCGAAGAACGAAAACCGGUUCUUCAAGGACCGUCAUUGGCUACGCAUCGAGUUUCCAGAGCUCUUUCGAAUGGUCGAAGCUGACGCGGGAAAGAAGAAUGUGUUGGAGAUUGGAUGUGGAGCAGGAAACACAAUGUUCCCGAUGUUACUUGAGAGUAAGAACCCGGAGUUAUUUGUCUACGGCUGUGACUUUUCUUCCACGGCUGUGGAGGUUGUAAGGAAUAACCCGAACUAUAACGAGAAGCGUUGCAAGGCCUUUGUAUGGGAUUUAGCGAGCGAUGAUAUCCCUCCGGAGGUCGAGCCGGAGUCAAUGGAUGUGCUUGUGUUGAUCUUUGUCCUGUCUGCACUUCAUCCGGAUAAAUGGGACCAGGCCAUGAGCAAUCUCUAUAAGCUGCUGAAGCCCGGGGGACUGAUCGUGUUCCGGGACUAUGGCCGUUACGAUAUGGCCCAGUUGCGGUUCAAGAAGAGCCGACUUUUGUCUGACAACUUUUAUGUUCGCGGAGAUGGCACCCGGGUGUACUUUUUCGACUCUGAGGAGAUCGUCAGGUUGUUUGGAUCAAAGUUCACGAUUGAACAGAAUGCAGUGGAUAGAAGGCUGAUAGUUAACCGGUUGAGGAAAGUGAAGAUGUAUAGGGUUUGGUUACAGGGCAAGUUCAGGAAACCAUUGGAGGGCGAGGCGCCGGGAAAGCCUUCGGUAACGACGGUAUCCACGAGCGAGGAGGGGAAAGUGGAGAGCAAGGGAGAGAAUACGUUGACGGAGAGUUCGCUUGCGUUGAAUACACCUUCAGAUCCGCCGGCUGCUGUACCAGAUAACACUACUGCUGUAUAGAUACACCCAGUCUUUAGUACUGCAUUUCAAUUGGUAUCAUGCUCUGAUAUCUACAAUGGUUGCGUGUAUGGGUGACAAUGGCUCCUAUUUUAGCGUUGGUUACUACGGGCUGUUGCGGUGGCCAGUUUCUGGCAUCGUAUUGUCUCAGUGCAAUUGCUGUUGCUGUUUCGCCGACACGCGUGGUAGUCCUUAGUUACUAUCGCGUGGUUUCGAAGGAGUUCAUUUUGGCGGCAUUUAAG